CCUUUACUUUGGUAUAAUAUUGACUAUGAUGCUAUUAGUUACUUGUAUAGUUUGGCUAUGCGUUUGUUUGGGAUUGGUAUCAUCUCAGCCGCUGCCGAAUGACGCUCCAGAGAUUAUUUUCAAGGACCGUAUGGCUACUAACUUGAUGCGUGCGAAAUUACAGGACCAUGGUCUUUCUGUAUCAUUUGAGGAUGUUGAUUACCUUCCUAAUGAGAUGCUUGCUAAUAGUGAUCUCAAUUUAUGUCGUAGACCUAUGGAGAAGGACUACCAAGACUUUUUACUUGCGUUUUGUCGUUACUAUGCAUGUGAUAUUCGGGAGUUUGCAGACACACCUAUUGAGAACCUGGAAAACCGGAUACUCUACAACCUUGAUACACCUGUUACAGAUAACCAGACACAUCGCGACGGUACUAAUUUAUCUGUGAGUUGUGCCACUGCUAAGAUUGCAGCACGUUGUUCUGCCUAUUUGGCGUAUGCUGAGUGUGUAUACCGUACUUACAUCCACACCAACAACUUUGCCAAGGUGGUAUUUCAAGUUCCCGAACGUGCUAAAGUUUUAGAUAUACACUUUGUAAAAUACUUUGAGCGUGUGAAGACAUCGAUUCCUCCACUAUUGGAUGAGGGUGUGACCCAACUAUGUCGUUAUGUUAACACUGCCUGUGUUGCUAUACACCCUCAAUUCAGCAAAACUUCAGGAUUCCGUCGUUUAUCUAUUUGUUCUAUAUUUGAUGUAUUUACACCGAUUACUACUUUUGCGGAUUUGUAUUCAUCGACUUUGGAAUCUACUGAGUUACAUGCUUUGCAAUCAUUUGACAUUGAGGAGUAUGAGAGCAUGGUAACAGUACCUUCUGAGGCAGUUCACUCACCACUUGGGAUUCCCUAUGACAAGCAUAUUAACAGCCCGCGUAUAUUGACUGCUUUUUAUGUUGAACUGUGUAAUAGGCGCUGUAGGUACGUUGCGAAUAUGUUAGACAUUUCUUCUAAGUGGACGAUGUUAAAUUCCUUUGGUCGCACGCGUCAGCUAUUGAUUUGUGCGAAGUUAUUAGCUCUUUGUCCGGAUUGUCCGACUUGCGGUAACAUUGAUAGUUUAAUGGCAGAUCAAUCUUUCUAGACCCUACAAGCAACUUG